AUGGCGACUCCAGACUCAGCCAAACGGUCUACGUUGACCUCCAAGCUACCAAAUCUCUCUGGUGAAACCAUCGCAGUUCAGGCCGGCGAUCAAGUCUUCUACGUACACAAAUCUCUCAUCGGCAACAGCUCCGAGUUCUUCAAAAAUGCCACAAAGCCAGAAUGGAGGACCGAUUCUCGCCCUAUUGACCUAUCCGACGAGGAGCCCCGCAUCUUUGAGAGAUACUGUUAG